UAAACACCUCGCUCCUUCUCCUGCUUCCGCGGUCACACAAUCCGUAACAUUGUUGAGUUGUCCGAGCAUUAAGUGAUGGGCAUAUCACAACAUGGUAACGACGACUCGAAGAAAGAUUUCUGUAAAAAGUAAAGAGAUAUAAUAAGACUUGUUUAUAUAGAAUAAUUAGCUGUAAAUAGCUGUACAGUGAAGCACUGUGACCGGAGCCGUUUAAUACAGUAAUUCGAGAAAAGGUCGGUUCCUGAGUUCAUGCAAGGACGAGGAUGGCGUCCGGUCGGCUUCUCGUGCUUCUGGCAACAGUUAGUGUGAUCCUGCAAGCCGGGUCUUCCGUUAUAGCUGAAGCCGACGAUCAUUAUUCAGGUUUGGAGACCACAGCGGGAGAGGACCUGCCUGGCGAAGACCUCGGCGCUUCCUCUGACGAACUGGUUGUAAGUCAGGACGAAUAUGACGAUGACCAAAUUUCCGACAGUUCUGAUAAUGAUACGAUAAGCGACCCAGGGCGUCAGAAUAAGCUCAUUACGAACGACGACACCUUCACGACCUCGCUCCUGAUGGACAUUCGGGACAUCCUUUACCGGGACAAGGAGCAGAGCAGCCCGCCGGAAGCCGUGACUCAGCAGCUGGAGGACCUGAGCGAGAGCACCAAGGACGCCCUCGAGGGCAUGGCGAGCAGCGUCGCGCGCCUGCGGGAAAACACCGACCAGAAGGUGAGUAUUGUGCUCGAGACAUUCUCCACCCUCAAGUUGCUCGUCCUGAGCCAGGGCGAGCAGCUGAGGGCGCUCGCGGGGAGGCUGGAGGCGGUGGAGAGCAAGACCACCUCCUUCCACACGGAGAUGCGGAGCCUAAAGCGCUCGGUGGAAGAGGUGGAGCUGGCGGUGCGAGAGCGCAAGGCCCAGGCGGACGUGUACGCCUACUUCGGCUCCAACCACCUGGACGACGCGCCGCCCGAGCCGCCCGCCAACCUGACGGACCUCGACGAUCGCAUUGGGACGGCGAGCCACUCGCUCGACGCCCUCACGUCCAAGAUGCAGCUCAUCUCCAGCGCCGUCGACACCAUCAGGGGCGAGCUGCAGAAGGUGCAGCUGAACGUCACGGACCUCGAAGUAGCUCCCUCGGCCGAGGAAGGAGUCUCUGAGACAACGCCUGGCCCCGCGGCGUGCGAGUGCGACACGGCAGAGCUGGAGGUCUCCGUGGCCAAUCUCCGCGAGGAUCAGCGCGAGCAGAAGGAGAGCCUGCAGGAGAUCACGAAGAAGGUGGAGGACCUCGCCGGCCUCCACGACUCGGUGCGGCGCGUGAACGGCCUCGUCACAGCGCACGGAGGCCGUCUGAGGGAGGCCGAGGAAAAGCUGCAGGGCAUGACGACGGUGAAGAAGGACGUGGUGGCCGUUCAGUCCAGCCUCCAGCACCUUCAGGAGGAGAUGAUGGACAGCAAGAGAACUGUCAUCACCGGGAACGGCACCGUCAGCGUCAGCAUGAAUAAUCUGUGCGUGUGGCCGUACAAGCGAGGCGGCGGCGGCUGCUUCCACGUGCACACGGACUCGCGCCUCAGCUGGUCGGACGCCCGGGAUCGCUGUCGCCAGAUGCAGGGCGACCUGGCGGCGCCGAAACGCUACGGCCUCUUCAGACAGUUCAUGAUCGAGCAGAGGCUGGGCCGCGCCUACACCUACUGGCUGGGUGCUUCUGACGCCGAGGAAGAGGGCGCGUGGCUGUGGGUAGAUGGGCGCCAUGGCUCUCGGGCGUGUGGGCGUCCAACCAGCCCAACGAAGGGCGCGCCGCCAACUGCCUCGCCGUGA